CAAAGCAGUUCUUCACGUUUUGGAGAAGUAUUCCGUCUAAUUGUAUCAUUUGUGGCUGUUCAACACAUUUUCCGAAAAGAUGGGGGACCCCGUUACCGAAUACGCGUCACGACUUCAGCGUCAGGAAAGAGAAAUCAAGUUGCUCCAAGAUGAAAUCGAGAGAUUGAGAGAUCCACAUGAUUUAAACUUGACAUCUUCACAACUGGAUGAGCUGCGGGAGGAGAAUUCCCGUCUGAAAUACCGCCUCAAUAUUCUUAAAAGAAGUUUGCAGGAGGAGAUGAACCACAACGGAAAGACGAUGUUGAACAUCAACCAGCUUUUGCAGCAGAUCUUUGGGGAGGCCAUUAGUUCCGCCUACCCUGACCUAGAGAACCCACCACUCUCGGUCACCCCCAGUCAGCAGGCUAAGUUUGGCGACUAUCAGUGCAACAGUGCCAUGGCCAUGUCUCAGAUGAUGAAAGCCAAAGGACUGAAAGUCAGCCCCAGAGAGAUCGCAGAGAAGAUCGUCCAAAACAUUCCCAACAAUGACUUAAUUGAAAAAACUGAAAUUGCUGGGCCAGGCUUUAUCAACGUUCAUCUCAAGCGGAACUUUGUCUCUAAACUUCUCUCAAAUGUGCUCGUCAAUGGAGUCCAGCCUCCGCCGCUUCAGAAGAAAAAGAAGGUCAUUGUGGACUUCUCUUCACCUAAUAUUGCCAAAGAGAUGCACGUCGGUCACCUGCGAUCCACCAUUAUUGGAGACAGCAUGUGUCGACUCUUUGAAUUUCUGGGUUAUGAAGUGCUAAGGUUGAACCAUGUUGGAGACUGGGGGACACAGUUUGGGAUGCUCAUCGCUCAUUUGCAAGACAAGUUCCCAAAUUAUCUCAGUGUGUCUCCACCUAUUGGUGACCUUCAGGCUUUCUACAAAGAGUCUAAGAAGAGGUUUGAUGAGGAUGAGGAGUUUAAGAAGAGGGCCUACAAAUGUGUGGUUAAACUCCAAAGCAAAGAGGCAGACUUCAUCAAAGCCUGGAACCUCAUUUGUGAUGUCUCCCGGAAAGAGUUUCAAAAAGUCUACAACUGCCUGGAUAUCAGCAUAAAAGAGCGAGGAGAGUCCUACUACCAGGACAUGAUGACUGCGGUGGUCAAAGAGUUUGAGGAAAAAGGGCUGGUGGAGGUGGACGAGGGCAGGAAGAUAGUGUUUGCUCCUGGCCAGUCUAUUCCCCUGACGAUUGUCAAGUCGGAUGGAGGCUAUACUUACGAUACCUCGGAUCUGGCUGCCAUCAGAAAUCGUCUGUUUGACGAGAAAGCUGACAUCAUCAUCUACGUGACAGACAGCGGCCAGGCAAUGCACUUCCAGGUGAUCUUUGCUGCCGCUCAGCUGAUUGGCUGGUAUGAUCCCAAGGUCACACGGGUGGAACAUGCAGGUUUCGGUGUUGUGCUCGGAGAGGACAAGAAAAAGUUUAAGACUCGUUCAGGAGACACGGUGCGACUGAUGGACCUUCUGGAGGAGGGUCUGAAACGAUCCAUGGACAAACUGAAGGAGAAGGAGAGAGAUAAGGUGCUGACUCCAGAGGAGCUGGAAAAGGCUCAGCAGGCCGUGGCCUUUGGCUGCAUUAAAUAUGCAGAUCUUUCCCACAACCGCAUCAAUGAUUACGUCUUUUCGUUUGACAAGAUGCUGGACGACAGGGGCAACACUGCAGCCUACCUCCUCUACGCUUUCACACGCAUCAGGU